AUGGCCUACAACCCGCACUCGUCGUCUACGAACCUCCUCGGCACGCUCGACGGCCAGAUCACAGCCGACGACGAGUCCGCAGCCGAAGAAGGGCGCGCCGGCCGUCCUCCCGCCCCGCCCUCUUCCUCAACACACCUCCAACCCCCUUCGGCGCGCGGGAGCGUCCCAGUGCAGGGCGUGGGAAGCACAGAUGGGGAGGGAAACAUCUUCACUCAAUCGGCACACCCGGUCGCGUUGUUCUUCCUGUUCUUCUUCCGCUGCGCGGCGAUAGCGACGUACCUCCUCUGCGGCUUCUUCAGCUCUUCCUACGUCUUUUCCACGGUCCUCGUCGUGGUCCUCCUCUCGCUCGAUUUUUGGACGGUCCGAAACGUCUCGGGUCGCGUGCUCGUCGGCUUGCGGUUCUGGAACCAAGUCGACGACGACGGGACGUCCUUCUGGGUGUUCGAGUCGCGGAGCCCCUCGCAGCCGUCAAACGCCGUCGACUCGAAAAUGUUCUGGAUCGCGAUGUACGCCUUCCCGGGCGCAUGGAUCCUCCUCCUCUUUGUCGGCAUCCUCAAGUUCAACCUCUCGUUCUUGCCGAUCGUCAUGCUCGCGCUGGUGUUCAAUGUGACGAACACGGUCGGGUACACGUACGGUGCGUUGCGGGACCGCGACGCCAAGCGCCGCUGGGCGACGGGCAUGGCGGCGCACGGCAUGCUCGGGCAGAUGGGCGGGAUCGGCGGCAGUGUCGUCAGUGGGAUCGCGUCGAGUGCGUUUGGGAGGUUCUUUGGGUAG